AUGUCACCCUUUGAUGCUCGGUGCGCUGCCGAUGCGCAGGACGGUCGCAAUGUCUUCACGACCCCGACAGAAAAUCAUAUUCCAGAGUUUCCGCGCAUCCACGGGCAGGAGAUUGUCACGUACGAGGAUGGGCUAUGGGGACCGCAGGAGUACACGCGAUGGCCCCAAAUGUACAAUGAAGCUUGUAUACAUCACGCAUGUAUCCCGCGAUACGGCUCGGAUGACUCUCCAGGUAUUCAAGUUUAUGAAGGAUUCGGUUUCCAGCCAUGGGAAGAGUCACCCACGCAUCCGGUGACGGGUUUUGGGUUCUUGAAAAAGAUGAUUCUGGACGAGCUGUCUACCACAGCAACCCGCGUCAUACGCAGAUUUGAGCAGGCCUUGUACGACGCCAGGGCCCGUGAGGUGUCUACCACCCAUCGGUCCAGUGCCCAGGAGCGUCUCGGGAAAACACUUUGCGUACUCCUCAGGAAUGCCCUCGAUCGUCUCAGGCUACUGCCGACAACACAGGCACAUGCGCUCGUCACCGGUAGAAUGGCCCAUCGACUCAUUCUCGAGUUGUCGGGUUUAACGGUGUAUUACAACGUCGUGGCGCCGCGUAUGGCCAAUGUGAGCCCGCUCGGCCAUAUGGUCCUCAAAGUACUCGGGGCUUUCGUCCGCAACGCAUCCACAGCCCAGCUGUUCCACCGUAUAGGGCUCCCAUACUGGUACAUUCAGCCGUGGUCGCCGGCUCUCAUCAUUCAGAAGGUCGUCCAAACUCGGCCGUGGUCGCGAGAACUCAGCGCGACGCCCGCUUCGCCUCGUAUUCCAAAGUCAUGGUAUGAUCCAGAUGGCACUCAUCAGGACCCCGGCCGGUGGACACAUCCCACAGUGGUCUUCGUAUGCAACCUAGUUUGCUCGUCGUCUUUGCCUGAACUACGGAGCGUCAUCCGGUCCGAGGGCGCUGAACGCGAGGCCAAACGGUUCAAGGGCGACGACGCUUCGCGACCCCUAUUGUCUAGCACCGCCAAGCCCGAUUCGACGCAACGCAAUGCCAAGAAAAGGGGCACGCGGUCGCGAGGGGCACGCGCAGGGGCCAAAGCCAGAGACCCACAUCCUUCAACGACCUUUGAUCCUGCACCAUCGGAUCUCGUCGAAGUAUCGCCGAACUGGCAUGCUGCUUUGAGCCGAGUGUCACCGCUUCCUUCCCCGCCCCCUGUUGCGUCUGUUUACUUCUUGCCGCCACCAUUCCUCAUCCUCAAUGCAUCUACGCAUCGGGCCCGCUACAUACACAAUUACACACGCAUACGCCUCUUCUGCAAACAGCGCCUCGUGGACGGCGCAAUCAAUGGGUCCCCGCUGCGUAUUGUCGACUGGCGCCACGCCCUGUACGGAGACUAUCGUCUGGAUGUGCACGACGACGUUCAUGCAACCUCAGCUUCAGGGAGUACCUCCGCGCAAGUACAGGGAGACCGCACACGGAGUGUCCAAUAUGAUCGUGCCCAGGCUGUACGAGAGCUGUUCGCCAAGUGCGGAGGUCUCGCGUCAUAUGACGAGACAGGUGUCUGGAAGUAUCGCGGGCUGCAGGUCAACGUUGAUAUGGCCAAAGCGGAUGACCACCUCCGGGCCUUGGUCGUCUGGGAGCUGUUUGAGAUGAAUUGGCGAUGCGAGCUUCGCGCCCUCGAUGAUCGUUUGGUUGGCCAGCGUGAGGACGCCUUUCGCCGGUGGGAGCGCGAUCAAGUCAUUGCAAACGUAUGGCGCACGGGGGAGGUUGAGUCUGCGCACUCCGCCCUCGACGCGUCUUCGCCUACCUUCGUGUGGACGCCAGCCGGAAAACACGAUUGGAAGAACAGACGCGCCAACUUGCGCCACUUCUUGCACAUCGUCAGCGCAUGGCCCAAGGCCCCAGAAUUCCUCCGUACCAAUACUUCAACUAUCCUCGACUGCGAGGACGAGUGGCUCUUCAACCAGGUCGAGUCUUGUGCUAUCCAUUUCUACGUCGACAGCUUCGUCGGGCAGUUCCACCGCCUUCCGUCCCCUCCUGUACAACUUCGCUCCCGCGCUACGUAG